CUGCCGGCUGGGCGUGAGAGGCACUCUGCCGCCCUCACACACACACACGGACACACACAGACACACACACACACACGGCUGAAGGAGAGACGGGUUAUCCGAGUUCCAGCUGCCCGGCAUGCCGCCGACCCGCCCGCUGGACUGACACCAUUUCGUGGUUUUUCUUUCUUUGAAGGGCGAAUGUCGCAGGUGGCGUCAGGUGUGAAAUGAAAAGCACGAUGGAGGGUUCGGUGGGACCGGACGUGAAGGCGGACGGACCCGUCGCGGCGCCCAGCAGCCCCGUGAGGUCCUCCAUAGACACGCCGCUGGCGCCGCAGGGCGAGCCCCAGUCGUCCCUGACCGAGGUCACCCAGAUGUGGAUUAAGUUCGGCAAGACUUUCGCCCUCAUCCUCCCGAUCUACAUCCUGGGGUACUUUGAGUUCAGCUUCAGCUGGGUCCUGGUGGGCCUCGCCGCGCUGUGCUACUGGCGGAGGAACCACGGCGGCAAGGACUGGCGGAUAAACCGGGCCAUGGCGUUCCUGGAGCACGAGGACAAGACGGGGACGCAGAGCCUGGCCACGUCGGAGCUGCCGCCGUGGGUCCACUAUCCAGAUGUGGAGAGAGUGGAGUGGCUGAACAAGACGGUGAAGCAGAUGUGGCCGUUCAUCUGCCAGUUCGUGGACAAACUGUUCAGAGAAACCAUCGAGCCGGCCGUGAAGGGCGCCAACCCCCAGCUGGCCUCCUUCUGCUUCACCAAGAUCGACAUGGGAGACAAGCCGCUGAGGGUGAACGGGGUGAAGGUGUACACAGAGAACGUGGACAAGAGGCAGAUCAUCAUGGACCUGGAGAUUAGUUUUGUCGGCAACACGGAGAUCGACGUUCACAUCAAGAAGUUCUACUGCAGAGCUGGAAUCAAAAGUAUACAGCUCCAUGGGACGUUGCGAGUGGUGAUGGAGCCUCUGCUGGGGGACAUGCCGCUGAUCGGAGCCCUCUCCGUCUUUUUCAUCAAGAAACCGUUGCUGGACAUCAACUGGACGGGUCUCACCAACAUGCUGGACAUCCCUGGAGUCAAUGGUCUGUUUGACAAUGUCAUCCAGGACAUCAUCUCCAGCCAGAUGGUUCUCCCAAACCGCAUCACCAUCCCUCUGGUCCAGGAGAGCCAGCUGGCAGCGAUCCGCUUCCCCGUGCCCAAGGGCGUCCUGAGGAUCCACUUCAUGGAGGCCCAGGACCUUCUGGGCAAAGACAAUUUCCUGGGGGGGCUGAUCAAAGGCAAGUCGGACCCCUACGGCUUCGUGAAGAUCGGGACGCAGGUGUUCCAGAGCAAGGUCAUCCACGAGAGCGUGAACCCCAAGUGGAACGAGGUGUACGAGGCCUUGAUAUACGACGACGCGGCACACAAUCUGGAGAUUGAGCUGUUUGAUGAAGACACCGAUAGAGACGACUUCCUGGGAAGCCUGACGUUAGACUUGGCCGAGGUCCAGAAGGAACGGAAGGUGGACGAGUGGUUCGUGAUCGAGGACGUGUCCACCGGGAAGCUGCACCUCAGACUGGAGUGGUUAUCAGUGCUGUGCAACCCGGAGAAGCUGGACCAGGUUCUGACGAGCAUCAAAGCCGACCGCGGUCAGGCCAACGACGGCCUGUCGUCGGCGCUGCUCGUCGUCUUCCUGGAUUCAGCCAAAAACCUGCCGAGCGUCUUCGAGGGGAACUUGGGCUCCGGCUACUUAAAGGAGCGGCGGGGGGCGGGGCUUGUGUUCUGUGAGAACACCGCCUCCCUCUAUAGGUCCUUAUUUCGCAAUCCGUUAGAGUUCAACCAGGCGGGUCUGAGGAAGGCCUCGCUCAGUAAGGCCGUCAAGUCCGGUAAGAAGGUGACCAGCAGUCCCAGUCCCCUCGUCCAGUUCACAGUGGGACACAAGUCCUUCGAUAGCAAGAUCAGAUACAAGACCAACGAGCCGGUGUGGGAGGAGGCCUUCACCUUCCUCAUCCACAACCCCAAAACCCAGGAGCUGCAGGUGGAGGUGAAGGACGAGAAGCACGAUUGUUCCUUGGGGACGUUGAUGUUUCCUCUGAGCCGCCUGCUGGAGGCGGAGAACAUGACGCUGAACCAGCGCUUCACCCUGAGGAACUCCGGGCCCAACUGCACCCUCAAGAUGAAGAUGGCUCUGCGGGUGCUGUGUUUGGAUAAGAGCUCCUCCUCCGGCCCAAACCCCGCCCCCUCCUCAGCGCAGGUUGGUAAGAGCAGCUCGGCCAGCCGGACCCCGCGGCCCUCCGUGUCCCCCGAGUCCUUCGUGCCUCCGGCCGCCGCCUCCUCCUCCCCCCCCAGCUCGUCCGCCGUGUCGGCUCAGGACCUGCUGACCCGCCGCCGGGAGUCCGAGGAGCCCUUCAGGUCGCCGGGAGGUGCGGGCGUGUGGCAGGGAGGAGGAGGAGGAGGAAGAGGAGGAGGAGGAGGAGGAGGAGGCCGGGGCCUGGCCGACACCGGGAGGAGCACCUCCAACCUGGCCAUCUUCGGCUCCCAGCAGCACCUGGCCGGCGGCAAGGAGCCGACGCCGAGCAUCGCCUCGGACAUCUCCAACCCCUUCGCCGCCCAGGAGCUGCAGCAGAGGCUCCAGCAGCUGCACAAUGGCUCAGGCCCCAGUUACUACCCUCUGGGUGAGGUCCAGCUGACGGUCCGACACAGCUCCCAGAGGAACAAGCUCGUCGUGGUCGUCCACGGCUGCAGGAACUUGAUCACGUUCUCGGACCACGGCUCGGACCCGUACGUCCGCCUCUACCUGCUGCCUGACAAGCGGCGGUCGGGCCGGAGGAAAACUCCCACCAUCAAGAAGACCCUGAACCCGGUGUACGACCAGACGUUUGAGUUCAACGUUUCCCUGGUGGAGCUCCACAGGAAGACUCUGGACGUGGCGGUGAAGAACGGCGGGGGUCUGCUCUCCAAACACAAGGGCCUCCUGGGGAAGGUUCUGGUGGAUCUGACCCACGAGGACCCCACCAAGGGCUGGACUCAGUGGUACGAGCUGAGUGAAGACGGCCUGAUGAAGUCUCAGCAACAAUAGACGCUCUUCACACCAUCAUCAUCAUCAUCGUCAUCAUCAGAGAAGCAGCUUUGAUUGUCAUCCAAUCACAUCAGUCGCAAGGCAAACCUCCCCUUUAAGAAGUGAAAGGCUGAUAGACUAAAGGGAGUCUAGAGUAAUAUAUAUAUAUAUAAACACAUCACACGCUGUACCGCUGCUGAAGUCUAUAUUCCACAUUUUUAGGAGAAUCUAUAUCAACUGUAGAGGAAGACAAUCUAUUUUCUUUGUUAGGUAGAAAGCGACGAUGUACAAGUUUGUAAAUAUUAACGGUGAAUAAGAGGGAGGAGCAGACGCUUCAUUGGCCAAACGAAUGUUAUUUUAUGAUGUUUGAUUUGUUGAUUCUUUUUAAAUGGACUGAGUGUCUGAAGAGGACCACCAAAGAGACGAGAAGUAUUUCAUUUUUAUUUUGAACUCUUUGGUAACGCAGCUUCACUCUGGUUUUAUUCCACUGUAAUAACAUGUGUAAUAACCACUUUACAUACUUUAGAAAAAGAAUAGUGAUGUUUGUUUGGUUCUUAAUACAAUAACAACAAAGUCAUCGUUAAGUGUAACCGGUUUGAUUUUUAAGAUGUUUGCACAUCCGUGUGUUUUUUUUAAACAUUUUUUUAUUAUCCUGUUGGGGAUCAACUUAACUUUAUUUAAACAUUGCCUAAAUUCCUUGUUGAUAUAUAUUUUUCAAAAUAAUGAAUUGUAUGAAACUGUAUUUAAUAUUAUCAGACUUUUUUUUAAAUUCAUUUAUUUUGUAUCUAGAAUAAGAGAAACUUAUAAUGAUCUUUAGCGCCCUCCAGUGGUGUUUUUACAGAAGGACACGUAACAACAACAAUAUUAAUAAGCAUAAUGUUAAUUAACAACAUUUUCAACUUUUCCUUAAUCUCAACACUUCCUACCAAUUGUAUUUCACAUUAAGAGACUUCCCACUGUUUCUCCCCAGCAACAGGAAGGAGCAGUAUUAGUGAUAUAAAAGACAGAUUCAUUCAUCCCACGGUUCACCUCAAAAUUAAAUAUUGAAAAAAGAAGAAUAUUAAUAAUUAUAAAGAAAUUGAUUGUUUAAUAUUUCAACAAAAAUUGCACAUUUGGUCUAAAGGGCUUUUUGUUUGUUUGAUAUCACGAUUGUUUUGUCUAAGAAUCAACUAUACUGUCUUAACAUGUCAUGAAGUGUUGUUUAUUCUUCCAACUUGGGUUGAAAAUGACGGAUUCCUUUUUCUUUAAUGUAUAAUGUACAAACUUUGAUAUUCUCACUCAUAUAUCAGUAACAGCAUAUACCUAUUAAUAUAAGACAGAAUUUAUAUAUAUAUAUAGAAAUGCUUCAGCCAAAGAGCAGCCGCCUUGUGUUAACUGGCAGAGGAGGCCGGGUGUGACCUUUGACCCCCUAAAAAGACUGUUUUGCCUUGUGUUUUACACACAAAGUAUUUCGCACACACGCCUGUAAGCUGUUUUUAACGCCUGUCCUGUGUUUUAUUUUGUAGGAAUCCAUUGGUUGGAUUCAGUAGAUUCGAGGGCUUGUGUCCUCGUGGAGGGCGUUCUUUUCAUUCUUUUUUAUUUUUAAUUUAUCUCGUGCCUUAAGAUUCACGCGACGCGGAGAUGUUCACGUGUGCAAAGAACCCGCACCGAAGGUUACUGGUGUCCCCGACGUCUCAGAAUGUCCCCGACGUCUCAGAAUGUCUCCCAAAUGUCUUUUAAACAAAAUAAAUUGUGUAUGAGCAGUGUUGGGCAAGUUACUGAAUAUUAGUAAUUAGUUACUUUUAUGUCUGCUUUUUAAAUGUAAAUAUGAACAGUGCUAUUCAUACAACAGACCUAUUUAUUGAAACCAUCAGGGAGGAUGCAUGUCAUCGACAACAUACCUCGCAACAAAUUCAUUGAUGUCUGCUUGGAUUAUCGGCUGCACUGCGGACCGUGUAGAGUCAAGCUCUCGUUGUGCGGACCGUGUAGAGUCAAGCUCUGUUUGUGGGCAAUGCGGACCGUGUAGAGUCAAGCUCUGUUUGUUUGCAAUGCGGACCGUGUGGAGUCAAGCUCUGGUUGUGGGCAAUGCGGACCGUGUAGAGUCAAGCUCUGUUUGUUUGCAAUGCGGACCGUGUGGAGUCAAGCUCUGGUUGUGGGCAAUGCGGACCGUGUAGAGUCAAGCUCUGUUUGUGGGCAAUGCGGACUGUGUAGAGUCAAGUUCUGUUUGUUUGCAAUGCGGACCGUGUGGAGUCAAGCUCUGGUUGUGGGCAAUGCGGACCGUGUAGAGUCAAGCUCUGUUUGUUUGCAAUGCGGACCGUGUGGAGUCAAGCUCUGGUUGUGGGCAAUGCGGACCGUGUAGAGUCAAGCUCUGGUUGUUAGCAUGCAUUUGCGUCUUCAUCAUCUGUACGACCGUCUGUCUCUACCAGCUGAGUCGAAGCUGUUGUUCCAACAGGUGCUUCAUGAGAUUUCAAUUGCUACACUUAGAUGUGCUCAUUGAUUGAUUCGAUUGGUGGAUCCGUCUCGGUGAACGCCCCCUCUCUCGUUGGGGGGGGGCGGG